GAAUACCAAAUGGUAGUUUUUUAAGGAGGCCUCGAUCAAGAGACAAUGGAGGCGUCCGCCAACGGGUCCAAUUUUGGCAUCGACUCGCUGCUGUCCCACAGGCCUGGGAGUCCGGUGUCCAAAGUGGACAGCCUGGUCGGAGAGUGCCGCUCGCCUCUGGAGUUCAGCCCGAGAUCAGACGUGGAGAGCGGCUGCUCGGAGCCUCCGUCGCCGAGGAGGGAGUGCGUGGACGAGGUGGCCACGCAGAGGCAAGGUCACGGAGGAGUCGGCCUGCUGCCACCGCAUCUCCAACACGCUGCACAGAUCUCACAGCAGCAGAGGACCGUGACCUCGUCGUUCCUCAUCCGAGAUAUUCUCGCGGACUGUAAGCCUCUGGCCGCGUGCGCACCUUACUCCAGCAAUGGACAGCCGACACAGGAGGCUGGCAGGCUGGUGUCCAAGAUAGCAGAGGACUUUAUGGAGAAAAUACACAGCAACUCGUCGUCAGACAGUGAAUACAAAGUGAAAGAGGAGGGCGACCGGGAGAUCUCCAGCAGCAGAGACAGCUCUCAGGUCCGAAUGAAGAAGCCCCGGAAGGCCCGGACGGCCUUCACGGAUCACCAGCUGGCGCAGCUGGAGCGCAGCUUCGAGCGGCAGAAGUACCUGAGCGUCCAGGACCGCAUGGAGCUGGCGGCUUCUCUCAACCUCACAGACACGCAGGUCAAGACCUGGUACCAGAACCGGAGGACAAAGUGGAAGAGGCAGACUGCGGUGGGUCUGGAGUUGCUGGCUGAAGCUGGGAACUACUCAGCCCUGCAGAGGAUGUUCCCAUCUCCCUACUUCUACCCACAAAGCCUGGUGUCCAACCUGGACCCCGGAGCGGCCCUGUACCUGUACCGGGGCCCCUCGGCGCCCCCUCCGUCCCUGCAGAGACCUCUGGUCCCAAGGAUCCUGCUGCACGGCCUGCAGGGGGGUGGCGAACCUCCUCCUCUGCCCCCCAUGUCCGUGCUUCCUCGGCCAGCUCAGCAGCGGUGAGCCGGCCAAUAAAGAUUUUUUUUUUUUUUUUACGCCGACUUUUGGCAGCUUUGGGACUCCAUAAGAAGAAAUAAGACAGAAAAAUAAAAAAAUGUGAUGAACAAGAA